AUGACGAACCCCUCGCGAGAUGCCCGCCGAGAGGAUCGGCCUCCCGGCGUAGAUCACGUGGAUCCUAGAUCCACCCGUCAUCACCAGGUGAACCCAGUGGGUCAAAUCGGGGGCUCCAGGAUCAGGAGGACCAGGGCCUCCUCCAGGAGAAUAAUGCACCUGGCCAGCGAGGUCCCUCCCCAGGGAUCUGCCGGCGGCAAUCACCUUUCGGACUGCUCUCUCACCGCGGACCUCUUGGCAGAAAGGACCCUCGAUGGACUCCUGGCUGAGCAUCCUGGAGAAUUGGUCAGGACCGGAUGUCCUCACGUGGUCUGCACCGUCCUGCCGUCCCACUGGAGGUCCAACAAGACGCUGCCCAUGGCUUUCAAGGUGGUGGCCCUGGGCGAGGUCGGCGAUGGUACCCUGGUCACUGUUAGAGCCGGCAACGACGAGAACUGCUGUGCCGAGCUCCGGAACUCGACGGCGCUGAUGAAGAACCAGGUCGCCAAAUUCAACGACCUGAGGUUCGUCGGCAGGAGUGGGCGAGGGAAAAGCUUCACCCUGACGAUCAUGCUGCAGACGACACCCCCGCAGGUGGCGACGCUGUCAAAGGCCAUCAAAGUGACAGUCGAUGGCCCUCGAGAGCCGAGGUCAAAGACAAGACACCAGGCCUUUCAUCCCUUCCACUUCGGACCGAGGCCCUUCCCCUUCGGACACCCCCAGGACCCCCUAGGGUUCAAGCUGUCCGGGUUACAGCACCUGAGCCUGGAGCAAGGUGGGAACCAGGGUUGGGGUGGCCUGCCACGGGGGUCGCUGCCUCCGCAGUGUCUUCCGCCGCCGCCCGGCCACCACUCGCACUCCCAUCCACCCCCAGGUGGGGCCUCGGCCUUCAACCCUUUCCAUCAUGCCAUCGAACAAAGGUCCCCGAGGCUCCCGGUGCCGGCCAUCGAAUCUUCCCGGAACGACCUGGGACCCAUUAGCGUCUCCGUCAGGGACGUCACCCCGACGACGUCCCCUGGGAACGGGCCAGGUUUGCUCACGACAGCGUCAGUGACGGCUCCCACUCCACCUGCUGAGACCACCACGACGACUCCCAGUCCCUCGGGACACCACCCUCCGCACCCCCAUUUUCAAGGACUCCACCUGCUGGGAGCAACAGGGUCCCUAUUCGGCUCGAUAUUCGCCCCCCUGCUUCCUCAGUCUUCCUGGCUGUACAACCCUCUGUACCACACUCAGCAAUACAUCUUGGAGCCUGAAUGGCACGCCCUGGCUCUCAGGAUGGCUCAACAGCGUCUUCAGAGGCCGGAUCAGGCCAGGUUGGAGGAUCUGAGGAAACUGAGAGGAUCCUCUGGCAGCCCCGAAGAGGCGUCGAAGGAAGAGGACGGUCAUCGAGGAGAUGGCCUGCAGGAUGCAGAUAGUCCUGAUGGGAGCAUCGAGGUGGAUGAUGGCGACAGGCCUGAGGAUCAGGACUCCAAGAAGGAUCGCCCCAGGAGCGAGGAGUCCCUGCUGGGAAGGGACUCGCCGCUCAGGAGCGAUCCCGAUGAUGCCAACUCCAGGGAUGACUCCCAGGAAGCUUCGUCCAGGCUCAGGCCUAGCUUGGAGAACCUGAAGGACCAUGAAAUAGGACCUGAACAGGAGCAGCUCAGGCGCAGCGACCUGGCGGUGAAGAUCAGGCUUGAGGGAACCGUCGAUCUCAGCACCAAACGCGAUCAGGAUAAGGAAAAUGUAGGGCAGGAUCUGACGACCCGGAGGAAGGAGGACGAGGACGAGUCGGAAAGGGAAUCCGUCACCCCCAGGAGGGAAAGGACUCCCAAGCCCAGACAAGUCUGGAGACCUUAUUAA